AUGUACGACAAAGGGUUGACGGAUAGAUAUGAAUUAGAAAUGAACGAUGUAUGUGUAAUCACACCAAGGAAAAAACAGAACAAUCAAAUUGUAUUUGAACGUAGACGUAUGGUUGCGGAUCGCAACGUUGCACGGGAGCGGUGUAAUAUUGAGCGCACGAUGGAGGAGUUAGAAAAUUAUUCGGCAUUUGACACUGAACAGCGGUAUAUCACGGCCUCUGAGCUGGUGCUUGCUGACAAAGAAGCACAAUGUGUGCGUGGUUUCGUCAACUUUAAACCACGAAGUCAUAACUGGCUGAUAAGUAUGACUAGGAGAGACAAAGAUUUAGAGAAGUGCUUUGGAGUGAACAGGGUGACAUCGACUGAUGGCACUGCCGUGGAUAAUGUGGGUGGCAUCGAUAGUAUGGUAGAGUUUUAG